AUGGCUGCUUCGAUGAGGUCCGGGAGAAGUACCACCCAAAGUUCUGCUGGCGGUGGGGGGCCUAGGAAUACGACCACAGAGGACGAGGAGGAGAGAAAAAAGAAGGUGAAUAUCGCGGAACCGACGCCUUGGAUUAAACGAAAGGUGGAAUAUUUUGGUCCGUUUCGAUUAAACAUUAAACAGUUUCUGAAACUCGCGACGCCAGACGCGCGAGCGACGGAAGAUGGGAUUUGGGGGUACACUCUCGUGUUGAGGACGCCUUCGACUUCGAAAGACCAACCGGCGCACGAGACAGUUCUGCGGAUAUAUGAAGAGUCCACAGAAGUCGAAGAAGACGAAGAAUGCAUACACUGCGAUUGCUGUAAAUGUAUCGGGUGGCAUCAUCACCCGGUGAACAAAAAACAGUGGCACUUCAUCGUCCACACGGAUUUUAAAACGAGAGGAAAACCAGAGUUGGCCGGGAAAAGAGUCUGUCAGUUGUGUUGCUGCGCCGUGCCGAAAGGUGAAAGAGUGUGUACGGUGUGUGGAGAAAUCGAUAAAGAAUGUUCGAUUGUCGAUCAUCAGACGCAUUUGUUGCACGGAUUACUUCACGGAAAUGGGUGUGGACACUUAAAACGUAUCAACGGACGAGAGGCGGGAUCGAUGGUGUUGAGCGGAUCGCAAUUGAUGGGUUUGUGGGAGAAUAUUUGCUACACGUUGAGAGCGAGAGAGGUUUCCGUGGAGGACGUUUCGCAGAAAUACGGAGUUGAGUAUCGAUUGUUGAACCCCGCGAGUAGUGGGAACACGUGGUACGGGACGUACGGGUACGUGUUUGGUAAAGGUAGCUUUGGAAAUACGGUGACUUCGCAUAAACGAGCAGGUGCUGAUUUUCGAACGUUCCCGUUGAAAAACUUAAGAAGCGAUUUUGUCAUGACUGGAGGCGAGGACGAUCCAAUGGUGCACUUAAUCGAUAAAUACGUCAAUAUUCUUACGCUCGAAGCAGAAAAGAAGACGGGCGACGAGGAUGAGGAGCAAGAAGAUGAUGAACUCGAGAUUCCAAAAACUUUAGGCGAUUUAGUCAAAGCUUUGCUCCGAUUGCAAAGAAAUAUUCGCAGAGAAGUAAAAGAAGGCAUCAGGCCGUUCGAAACGUUAGCAACGCACGGCGUAGGCGCCGUGUUGGCCGGAAUUUCAGAUGUUGCCGAGAAUAGACCUCAAACGAACCAAACGACUCCCCGGCGUCACUCUUCUCAUCAUCAUCAUCAUCAUCAUCAUCAACAAGAAACAAAAAAUGGAGCAGGGGGCGGGGCGAGAUCCAACAAGAAACGCGCUUAUCCGGAAAUUAAGAACGAGGAAGAGUUCAUAGAAGUAGCAGUAAAAGAAGAAGAAGAAGAAGCAGAAGAAGAAGAAAUUAAACGAGAGGAAACGGUGCACCACGACUCGGUCUUUGCUUCGGCGGCGAAGAAACUAAAAAUGGCUGGAACCGGUCUAGCUUCUGCGUUUGCGCGAACGCUCAGAUCACCAACUUCAAUAGUACAGCAUAACGGUCACCAAGAGCAACAGAAACAACAAAUGCCUAUGGUCAAGCAAGCACCUCUUCCAACCGAACCAAUGGUCGAGUGGAAACGAGGUCGCUCGAGUAAUCCGAAUCCGGCGGCGCAGACGAGAUGGACGCUCGCUCGCGUCAAUGUCGCGGCGAAUGCAUGCGUGAUGGUUUUGGCGGAUAAUAAAGGCUUCUGGUUAGGUAGACAAGACGUUCGAAACCUUGCGCGUCUGAAAGGUGUUGGAGAUACGGGACUUUUGGAUCACGUCUUAAAGACGAUUGCGGAUCAUCCUGUCAUUAUGGACGGUAAAAACGGAGCGAAGGAUGCAAGAGCGAAAGUGCGAAGACGGAAUAACCCGAUAAAUUCUCAGUUAGAGUAUCAGUUGGAGAUGCCGAACUCGACGAUAUCGCCAAAUUCGCCUACUUAUACGGCUCCGCUCGACUUUAUGAACCCAUACGCGAACGCGCCAGUUGAACCAGUUAUGGUAGGGAAAUCUCCAUUGAAUAACAUUCGCGUACUGCGCAACGGAACGACGUCAAGAGGAGCGACUCGCCAACAACCAGUAAGAAAUCAAAGAGAAACGCGUUCUGCAACGGCAGUGUUAGCGCCUCCGUCUUCGAUGAAAGUGGAACGAAAAAGUCAACAAAAACUGCCGACGAUAGCUCCGGUGACGCCACAAAUUCGUUCGAAUCCAAACGCGAAAGCCAUCUCAGAGCUUACUGCGUACGACGUCGAUAAGGAUUUGAGAGCGGUUUAUCGAGACUGUCUGGAAAGCUACAAACCAGCACGAGUUCAGAUCGGGAAUAAGAUUAGAGUUACGUGUAAAGGUGCACAUCUCACAAAUGCAGCUCGAGUAUUGUUGGAUACGAAACAAUUUGUCAAAACAUACAUAGAUAUCGACGACUUGUUGCACUUGAGCGUGCCUGCGAAUGUCAAAAAUCUUAAACCGACUCGCGUACUCGUUACUGCGAUCAUCGAUAGAUCAAAUUCAGGACCAAAAGUCUCUGGUUUAGGUGGUGCAAUUAUGGGUAAGAAUCGGCGGAAGCUUGGCGUCGAGUCUAAGCCACCGCCAGAGAUUGUUCUGCUUCCGGUUCCGUGCACGUUGGGCGAGUUGAAAAAAGAAGCGACGAAAGCGUUUGCGGAUUUAUACGUUAUCCUCUCAAAAUUCAAAGUCACCGCGAUUAAAGGGUACGAAAACCUUCCAGACUCGACGAGAUUGAACAAGAAUUCGUUGCAGUACGCGCACGCCGAAGUUAUGGGUGAAGGCGCGGACUUAGAGAGCGAAUACCGUUACCAAGGCGGACUCGAUCAGUGGGUCGUGAACUGCCAUUGUGGAACGAACGACGACGAUGGGGAGCGAAUGAUUGCGUGCGACCGGUGCGAGAUUUGGAUGCACACGAGAUGCGUGGGCAUUGAAGAUGAAGCGAAGACGCCGAAACGAUUCACGUGUCACGAAUGCGAAGGGAUUUCGAUCGAAGACUUUUUAGAAGCGAGGAAGCCAAAAGUCAAAGCUGGACGACCGGCGCCAAAAGCUAGAGGAUAG